AUGUCCAUGAGAAUAUGUAUUGCUGCAGAUGCAGCAGCAGUUCUGCACUUUCACAGCAUGCUUUGUUUUUUCCUCCACUGGGGCAAGUUGAAGGAUUUGAAGUUCAUGAACAUUUGGAUAGCUAUGCAUGAUGCAUCAUCCUACAGAAAGCAGAUGGAAAAUUCAAAUAAAGGAGGCAAUUACUCUAAUUAUGGUGAUUAUAAUCUUUUCCAAACACAAUAUACUGAUGUUGGUCCUAGUCAAACUAAUGAAACAAGAAUUGAUUUCUCGUCAAGUUUUCACGAGUCACAACAAAUUCAGAUGGAAGAAAUUAUUAAUGAUGGAGUGACAAGAUCUAAUGCACUUUACAAUUUAAGUGAAACUGAUGGAUUUAAUUUAAACCCGAAGAUGGAAAGCGAUGAAAGUGAUAGUGAUUACAAUGUAGAGGGCUCAGAUUCAACAAGUAAUAGUGACGGUGAAGAAGAGAAUAUUCAGACAAAUGACCCAACAAAUAUGGAUGGACAUAUUCCUAAUGUGCCAUGGUUUACAACAGAGGAGAUCCUCAACAACGUUGCCAUGAAUAAUUCAGGUCAUUUUCCUAAUUUUAAUUCGCUUAACAAUGAUCUUUUUGAAGGUCAAUGUUUGGUAGAUAAACAAACUGCAAUAGAUGCAAUAAAAUCAAGCCACAUAAGAGAAUCAAGAAAUUAUCAUGUUUUAAAGAGCACUACGGUGCUUUAUAAGGCAAAAUGUACUAUAGUUACAUGUCCGUGGAAAAUUCGAGUUAUAAAAAGUAAGCGAUCUGGAUACUUUCAAAUCACUAAACUUCCUGCUCAACAUAACUGCCUUUUGAGAACAAUCCAAAGAGACUACAAGAAACUUAGUUCAAAAAUGAUUGGAAGUGUUAUAAAGCAACAAAUAAUGGAGGGGCCAUACUUGAAAGUGAAUAACAUAAGGAAUCAAAUACUGGCAAUGUAUAAAUAUCAUGUUAGCUACAAGAAGGCUUGGUUGGCAAAACAAAAGGCAAUAUCGGAGGUGUAUGGUGAUUGGACGAUCUCUUAUUCUAAACUUCCUAAAUUUUUAAGUGCUUUGAUGCAUUUUAAUCCAGGCACGAGUGCUUCGAUUGAAGCUGUGGUCGAUGUUACAAAACUCCACACGUCGGUGUUUAAGCGUGUAUGGUGGGCAUUCAAACCGAUAGCUGAUGGGUGGCAACAUGCUCGGCCAGUUAUCAGUAUUGAUGGUACGUUCUUGAAAGGAAGAUAUAACAAGAAAUUAUUAAUUGCAAUGGGAUCUGAUUCUAAUAACCAUCAAUACCCACUUGCUUAUGCUAUAGUCAAUGAAGAAACAACUGCCAACUGGUCAUGGUUUCUACGUCGCCUUCGUAGAUUUAUAUGUCGAUGUAGAACGAGAGUGUGCAUAAUUUCAGACAGUCAUGCUGGAAUCAUUGAAGCAAUGAAGAAAGAACAAAAUGGCUUCACUGGAGACAUGGGUAUACAUCGUUUUUGUCUCUACCAUGUCCGUAGUAAUUUUAGUUUAGCUUAUCUUGGAUCACAUUUGAAGAUGUUAUGUUGGGUGGCCGAAAAUAAUAGUCAAGUGAGAAAAUUCGAAGAUGCGAUGAGACAAAUCAAAGAGCUUAAUCCCGAUGCUGAAAAAUGGUUACGAAAUAUUCCAUUAGAGAUGUGGACUAUGUCUCACGAUGGAGGAUAUCGUUACGAAAGGCGUACUCAAACUUUGAAUGAUCUUCAAAAUGAGCAUACUUAUUGCAAUAUGUCAAGAAAAUUAUUUGAAAAUAUCGAAAGCAAGGCAUCAUCACACAUAGUUAUUCCAUACAAUGAGCAAACUGGAAUCUUUGAGGUGACUACUGCACGUUACAGAACUAAUAAUGGUUUUUGGAAAGGUGGCAACAAACAUAUCAUUGACCUAUGUAAAUGUUUUUGUUCUUGUGGAAAAUGGUGCCGAUAUCACUCUCCAUGUUCACAUAUAGUUGCUGGUUGUAUAGUGUGCAAUCUCGAUUGGGUUAAAUACAUCGAUACAUAUCACAAUCUAACAACACUUUCUGAGAUGUGGCAGUAUGAUUUUCACCCCAUACCUAAUGAAUCAUAUUGGACGUUUCCAAUAGCACAUGAUUGGGAGAAAUAUGGUAAUCUUGUUCCCAAUGAAAAUUUGAGAAAGAAGAAAAACCAACGAGGUCAAAGCCAACGUAUUCGAACCGAAAUGGAUAACCCACGAAGAACCAUCAUUUGUGGGAGGUGUGGCCAAGAAGGUCAUACGAGACGUAGCCAACGUUGUCCUGAGCAAAAUCGUCAAUAA